AUGGACGGACCUCUCCGCCGCCCAGCGGGGAUCCUCGGCUCCCCUCCGGCUUCCGGGAGCCAGUCCGCGGGCUCCGACAUGCUCCCCUCGGGCGGCAGCAGCAGCAAGCCUCUCGCUUUCUCCAUCGACCGGAUUAUGGCCCGGACGCCCGAGCCCAGGUCGAUACCGCUCCCCAGCUGGUUCCAGUCCGCUCCCGUGGGGAAGCCCGACGUGUGUCCGUCCUCGCUGCACUGCAUGAUCCCUCUAGUGCCGCUCGGGUACGAGCCGGGCCACCGGCUCAGCAUUACCGGACUGGAUCCGGGACACCUGGACGCGUCCUCUCUCGGCGCGCCCGCGGACUUGUUGGGUUUCGGUCUGAACUACAAGAACCAGCAGCAGGAGGACUCUGGGAGCCACGGCGGCCAGUACAAACUCUUCAGACCCCGGGUGGUGAACCAGUCCUCCUUCCCCGCCACCAUGGGCACCGUGUGUUACCUGAACUGCAGCGGGGACGGCGGCGCGUGUCCACCCCCGGCCGGCCUCGUGAACCUGCACCCCAUGGCUUCGUACCUGCUCAGCGCGCGCCACAAAGCCUUCAUGGCGGAGAAGAGCAAACCGGGCCUGCAGCAGGCCGGGGAGCGGUUCCCCGUGUCCGGGAUGCAGGCCUUCAAGGAGCUGUCUCAGAGUCAGAUCCAGCACUACAUGAAGGAGCGGGACCAGAUCCUCACGGACAAGAUCUUCAAGAGCUCCGCGGCGGCUGCAGCCCGGCUCAGCGGAUCCUGUCCCGGCAGCAAACCCAAAGUGUUCACCUGUGAGGUCUGCGGGAAGGUGUUUAACGCGCACUACAACCUGACCCGCCACAUGCCCGUGCACACAGGCGCGCGACCGUUCGUGUGUAAAGUUUGCGGGAAAGGAUUCCGACAGGCGAGCACACUGUGCAGACACAAGAUCAUACACACUCAGGAAAAACCGCACAAGUGUAACCAGUGCGGGAAAGCCUUCAACCGCAGCUCCACCCUCAACACGCACACCCGGAUCCACGCGGGAUACAAACCGUUCGUGUGUGAGUUCUGUGGGAAAGGAUUCCAUCAGAAAGGAAACUACAAGAACCACAAGCUGACGCACAGCGGGGAGAAGCAGUUCAAGUGCUCCAUCUGCAGCAAGGCGUUCCACCAGGUGUACAACCUCACCUUCCACAUGCACACGCACAACGACAAGAAGCCCUUCACCUGCCCCACCUGUGGAAAGGGCUUCUGCAGGAACUUUGACCUGAAGAAACACAUCAGGAAGCUGCACGACCUGGCUGGCCCGCAGUCGCCCCCGCAGGCCUGAACACUGCUGCUCUGUUUCAUCCCCCCCCCAAAAAAACACCAAAAACCCCCGCUUCAGGUCUCCCUGUGGGACCCUGACAGACCUGGAACUGAACUCGAACUCUUGAAGGCCUGGUUUCCUGAGUCCUGAGGAUGUUGGGGUGGAGAUUUGAUGAAGAUUUUGGAACGUUUGCCCCCAGAUUAGAGGGAUUUUCUCCAGUGAGUUCCCUUAUAGUCCCAAAUUGUCCAUCUUGACGCCUAAUUUGGGUUUCACUUUUUGCAGAAAACAUAUUUACUCCUGACUCUUUGUAGACUUUUGAAAUGGUUGAAAUCCAACCAACAAGGGUCGAGGUAUUCUGACCUUCAGUCCCAGGCAAGAAAAACUCUUAAAUUCUCCCCUUUUUUAUGAAUGUUUAAGUGUAAAAGCUCAAGUUUAAAUGGACAUGGUCAACGUUUGGGGCAGUUAUCUAAAUUCAACCCCAAAAUAAUCGUCAGUAUUCCAAAGUUUGACCUUCCCAGACCACGAAUCUGCUCCAAAAAGGACCUUUCCAAUGAAAUCCACGCUGUUUCAUUACAUCACGGUAAAGUGAGACCCCCUUUGUGCCGUUGGGUCAACAUCUCUUUCUCUUAAAUGCGAGCAGCUUGUCCAACUGUGCCCUCAAAGUCUGAUAUGACCUUUGUAUGAAGUUCCCUAAACGUGACCCUGAAGAAACCCUGAAUAAAACCCCGUCCUGGACUCCUCUCAGGCCUGUUGACCCCCCAUCUUGACCCUUCAUCUUGAACUUGACCCUGCAAUGCCAUCAGGAUGCUUCCUCACAACCCCCCCAUCCCCCCACCACCCAGACACGUUCUGACCCCUGACCUCUGACCCCUCAGGCCCUGAAGCCGGCCUCAAACUGACCUAAGGAAACCUCGGGGGCCUGGCUGUGAUGUUUCCGCCGCUCUGGACUCGUGUUGGAGCGAGGACUCAAACUUUCCUCUGAUUAUUAGCCGCUGAUAUUUAAAAAAGAAGGCUAAUUACUCUAUCGUAAGUCCUGACUAGUUUCUUUAUCUUUCAGUUGCAUCUCAGGAUGUGAGAUCGAUGGGGACCGGAGAUGUUGCCGAGGUGAAACGUCACACACGUCUGACCAGAUUCAAGUUUAGGAAACAGGAUCAGUACCCACAUUUAAAUCAUGAGAACAGAGAUCAUUUCUCCUCACUGUCAACAAAUCCUCCAAAAAGACCAAACUAGAACAUCACCAAAAACUCCCUACAGCAUCAAAUAUGGAUUCAUCCGCCACAGAAAGUAGUCCCCAGAUACAAUAAUCCUCCUACUUUGAGUAGUCUUUUCUUAAAGCUACAGUGUGCAACUCUUUACCUGUAUUACCUGGCUACCAACUAAAGACAUAAACAAGUCCAGACUCCUGUUAAGACCGUAGACUGUAUAUGAAAUGGACGUCAUCUCGCUCGGCUUGAAGUGAGGCCGCCACAAAAACUGCUCCCCCUAGUGGCUGGCUGCAGUAUAGGUCAAA